ACGCUGAGGUGGUGGUCGUCACGCUCAACUACCGGCUAGGCAUCCUAGGCUUUCUGAACGCGAACCCGUCGCCCGGGACGAGAGCGCGCGUCGCCAACUACGGCCUCAUGGACCAGAUCGCCGCGCUGCACUGGCUGCAGCAGAACGUGGCGCUCUUCGGCGGCGACCCGAAGAACGUGACGCUCAUGGGCCACGGCACGGGCGCCGCCUGCAUCCACUUCCUCAUGAUGUCCCCCACCGUCACGCCAGGCUUGUUCCAUCGCGCGGCGCUCAUGUCGGGGUCGGCCUACAGCCCCUGGGCGCUCGUCCAGGAUCCAGUGCGCGCCGCGGUGCGCGUCGCCUCCAAGCUCAACUGCAGCGUGCCGGCCGACCUGGCUCGCGACCACGAGGACAUCGUGGACUGUCUGCGCAACGCGCCGCUCGACAGCCUGCUGGACGCGGCCGCCGACCUCCCCGCGCCCGACUACAUCUCCGUCUUCGGCCCGUCCGUCGACGGCGUCGUCAUCAAGAGGGACCUCGUCAAGGAGUUCCUCUCUGCCAGCAAGAAGGCUCUCGGUGGCUCGGACGGCAAGGAGGCUUCUGAAUUUAUACGAUACUGA